UAUGAGGGCCUUCUUUGUAGUAUGCCUUCUUUUGGCUUCCAUGAUCGUUCUUCUUUUCCCCACAAAAGCUCAAGAACUAUCUCGAGUUGAAAUCAGAGAUUAUGAUGAUUUACCCCCGUAUAGACGCAUAUGCCCCGAAUAUCCACGUAGGAGGUGUCGACUAUUGUUACGGCCACCACCACCGUCAUUGUCACCUCUACCUCUACCACCACCACCCCUGCCACCUCCACCACCAAAGCUAAAGACACCACCCCCAUCACCUCAAACACCACAGUCACGGCCACGACCACGACUAAGGACACGGCCACGACCACGACCACGACCACGACCACGACCACGGCUACGACCACCGCCACUACUACCGCCACGGCCACGACCACGGCCACGACCACGACCACGGCUACGACCACCGCCACUACUACCGCCACGGCCACGACCACGGCCACGACCACCGCCACUACUACCGCCAUGGCCACAACCACCGCCACUACUACCGCCAUUAGUACCGUUAUUGUCACCUCCACCGCCACCACUCCCGUCACCUCCACCACCACAGCCGCAAUCACCACCCCCAUUACCUCCACCACCACCACGGCUAGGGCCACUGCCACAGCGACCACCACCACCACCACCACCAUCAUUGUCACCUCCACCACCACAGCCAAAGCCACCGCCACCACCACGGCUAACGCCACCUCCACAGCGACCGCCACCGCUACCGUCAUUGUCACCUCCACCACCACAACCACAGUCACCACCCCCAUCACCUCAACCACCGCCACGGCGACCGCCACCGCCAUCGUCAUUGUCACCUCCACCACCACAGCCAUUGCCACCACUACGGCCACGGCAACCGCCACCACCACGGAGACCGCCACCGCGAUUUCAUCCUCAUUAAUUACACGCGUAAUUGCUAGGUGCGGCCCUUUGGAAAAGAAACAUCUGGUUUCCAUUAUGAAGGUGUACGUUGCUUUGAUAUGGUAGUAUUAAUAAAGUUGCUUGUGUAAAUGAAGAGGCCGGAAUUAAUGGUGAAGAAUAUAUAUAUAACUUGGUUCUAUGCGAGAAAUUAGUGAUGGCUACUGCCUUCUGCCUUCUGCCUUCUGCCGUUAGUACGUGUUGUAUGUGUUUUUCCUUUCCUUGCUGUAAAACUAUCGACUUUGAUGACAUAUUUGCACAAUAAAAGUGGGCUCGCGAAAACUCAAGUCUAUUA